AAAAAGGCUAACUUCAACAUUGGGAAUGCAUCUUAUAAGAAACUACGUGUUGCACUAAAGCGUUUUACCACCGAGUACAGUCACUGUACCACCGAGGGGGAAAAGUAGGUUUUGGCUUUAGCAUUGCCGUCCUUGAACGCACCCCUGGCUUUACUGUCAAAGUCAAAAAAUGUAAACAAAUCAAUAUUGAUAUUAGAAAAACACGGAACCAAUUUACCAAACCAAAUCGAUUUUAGGCCCCAAAAAUGGCACAAAUAGGCGAGCCCCUGACUUUAGCCAAAGACAUCAAAAGGUCAAUAGAACUGUUGGAGAAACUGCAAAAGAGCGGCGAAGUCCCAGCUACCAAACUAAUAGCCCUACAAAAAGUGCUGCAAAGCGACUUUCUGCACGCCGUACGCGAAGUAUACGAGCACGUCUACGAAACUGUAGACGUGCAAGGCUCCCAGGAUGUCAGGGCUUCAGCUACGGCCAAAGCUACAGUAGCUGCUUUUGCUGCUAGCGAAGGCCACGCUCAUCCUCGUGUCGUCGAACUACCGAAAACCGAAGAAGGCUUGGGUUUCAACGUUAUGGGAGGCAAAGAGCAAAAUUCUCCGAUUUAUAUUUCCAGAAUAAUUCCAGGAGGAGUUGCAGACAGACAUGGAGGCUUAAAAAGGGGCGAUCAGUUGUUGAGUGUCAAUGGGGUGUCGGUGGAAGGUGAAAACCAUGAGAAAGCUGUGGAACUACUCAAACAAGCCCAUGGGUCAGUUAAAUUGGUGGUAAGGUACACCCCAAAGGUUCUGGAAGAGAUGGAGUUGAGAUUUGAUAAGCAAAGGGCUAGAAGAAGACAGCAAUUUAAUUAGGAGAGAAAAUAAGUCCUGUUUGCUGCUUGUUUAAUUGAGAAUUCAUCUAGCAAGGGUGUCACAUCAGUUUUUUUUUAAAAUUAUUGAUUGGCUUUGUUUUAAUAGGUUUGAAACAAUUAUUGUAUUAUUAGAAAGUAGAAACAUAAUUUAGAUGGCUGGUGUAAAGUUAGGGAAAUUUGCCCAACUAAGUACCAGUCAAAAUCUAAGAAUAAUUAAAUUUAAUGUAAUUGUUAAUUCCAUACUAUGUUUAAUUAUUUGUGUAAGAACUAAAUUAAGCUGGGUAUACCAAAUGUAUGGAAUUAAAUUGACAACUUUCCAGUAACUCGCUUUUCAAAAAUGAUUUUCUCCCAAAACUACAUACAGAAGAUUAAUGAAGCUAAAUUUUCAACUUGUAAAACAUUUAUUUCAUUUUCUCAGUUCUCAUUGCUCUUAAGUUUGGAUUUCUCAAUAAUUACAUACCUAAUACUACCGGAAAUAAUGGGACACUGUCAAGUCUUCGUACACAGGCAGAGGCUGCCAGUUAAUAUACAUCUUUCCCUGCACCAUCAUUUUGUUGAAAAGUGUUCCUGAACACUCUGCAUAAAUUGUCAGCAUUCUUCUUGCUUCUGAUGUAUGUGGUUUUUAACCCUUCAGUACUGCGUAUCCACUUAUUUUGAUUCCUAAUUUUUUCUUUAUAAUAAUAAUUCAUAAUAAUGUCAUAAUUUAUUCUUCAUAACUUAAUAGAUAAAAUAGACUCUAAUCAGAGAGCAUGUAGUAAUUCUUUGCAAGAAGAAAAACUUCUCAAUUGAAGUGUGAAAGGAAAUAUUGCAGGUAUUCUUUUGAUCUGAACAAACUGAUGGAAGUCACUUGAGGUUUGAUUCAAACAAUUGUCUUCGGUUUUACAAUGAUUUCAACUGUUUUUUUUUUUGAUAUCAU